AUGACCACAAAUCCACAGAAGAUUACUCAACCCUCGUCGCCGCGCGACUUCUUCCAGCGACUCUACGGUCACCUGGAGACCAAAGGGCAGGAACCCCGCGAAUCCACCAAAAGUAGUGAACAUCUUGUUGCUAACAACAAUAAUAACAUCAUCGCUCCGGUACCAGUAUUGGCCAGUCCUCUUCAAUUCCUCAUUCCAAACGCGGCCGAUGCUCAUCUUAGUGCUGCAGCUGCUGCUGGAUUAUCUGCAUUUUUGGCUCGUCGAAGGCGGAAGGAAGGAAGACCUCGAAGGCAGAGAACUACCUUCAGCAGCGAGCAGACUCUGCAUCUGGAGAUCGAGUACCAAAGAUCCGAGUACAUAAGCAGAGGUCGCAGGUGCGAGUUGGCCGAAUCCCUGCAGCUAUCCGAGACACAGAUCAAGAUCUGGUUUCAGAAUCGGAGAGCCAAAGACAAGAGGAUAGAGAAGGCACAACUUGAUCAUCAAUACAGGAAGUUCCUGGGUGCUCUGCCCGGCACCCUGUGUCCAAUCUGCAUGGAAACCAGUUGCUACCACACUUCGUUCCUCUCUCAACCCUACCUGAGAGCGCCACCCCCGGUUAACGAAGAGACGCAAAAGAACGCACCUGAACCUCCGAGCAACCCCGACCAGAAGAUUGCACCAUGA